UACACAAGACCUUAAAAGUGUGACAUAAAUUAUAUUAAACAAAUAAAAACGUCGGAAAAUUCCUGUUUGUAAUAAAUAACUUGUAAUUAUUGUUUCCAACUGAAUUAUGAAUUUUUCCACAACAUUCGAACAAUUUCUAAUUAGAAUCCGCGUCCUGUGAUAUUUGAAACAGAGCGACUUACAAUCAAUAAGAGCGUUCUUGCGCAAGAACGCAUCUGUUGCGAAAUUUUUGCCCAAAUGCCACCCAAUCAUUUUAUCAAAUCAGUUAGCUAGUAGUUUGGCACUAAAAAAAUGAAACGCUUCAAAAAAGACCAUUGUGUUGGUGAACUCUAAUUAAUUGAAUUCUACAUGUCAAGUAUUUUAAAAUUCAUUAAAUAUGCAUUUACCAAAUACCCGAUCGCUUCCAAUUCUCUGGUUUAUGGAACACUUUACGUGGGAGCCGAAUUUUCCCAACAAACCAUCUCGAGAAAAGUUCUGACUAAAACGCCCACGUCUUACGACACGCCUGCAAUUGCUCGAUAUGCAGUUUACGGAACCGGAAUACAGGGACCAUUUUUGACCAUUUGGUACAGAUGGUUAGACAAGAAAUUUAUCGGAACCUCGUACAAAAUUGUAGCACAAAAACUGCUACUGGACCAAUUCUUAAUGACCCCGCAGAUUUUGGUAAUUUUUUAUGUUGCCAUGAGCAUUAUGGAGAAGAAGAAGGAUAUUUUUGAAGAAUGUAAACAGAAAAUAAUCCCCACAUUCAAGUCUAGUUGUAUGUUUUGGCUUCCAGCCCAAACUGUAAAUUUCUUGUUAAUCCCCCCUUCGUUUAGGGUCGUUUAUGUUGGGACUUGCUCAUUUGCAUGGGUCAACAUUUUGUGCUGGAUUAAGCGACAAGAAUACUAGAUUUUGUAAAUUAUAAUAAAGUCAAGUCUUACAUUUUGACGAAGCUUACGAACUUGUUAAAAUUUGAGCUUUGGCUGUUCUUAAAUCAGUGACAGAAGAGGACAAUAAUUCCUAUUUAUUGUAGCUAUGGAUGUUCUUGAUGGCACUAUUUAGCUAUAACUUUAAAUAAUUAUACCUCCAAUGUGAUAUUUUCAACCGUACAUAUCAAGUAGUCUCCCAGAAAGUAUGAUGUUUUAUUGACUAGAAAUUAUAUAUUAACUGAACCGAAUUUAUUGAUGUUCCAUUUUAAUCUCGUAUUGGUACAGUUGAUGUGUUUAUUUGUGUACUACAUGUAAUAUUUUGAAUACAUAAUAAAUUUUAUCUUACUCGUG